AUGCUCCUCUUCAGACGCUUGGCUGUGCUCUCGCUUCUCUCCUGCUGGAACGUCGAAGCGCUCCCGAGCAUUUCGCCAGACGCCGCCGUGGUCAGCAACGUCGCUGCGCUCCACGCCGCCCUGGCUAAGCGGGCGCCGCUAAUUUUGCUCAGGAGCGGAUCGACGUUCAACGGUCAAUUCAUCGUUGAACACGCCUGCACGAUAGUGGGGGAGAGAUCGGGCUCAGCUCCGAUCCUUACCAACGCCGCCUUUACCACAAGCAGCAACGUCGAUAGUGCCACGCUGUAUCUCAAGGCCAAGGGCAUGAUUAGACUUGAAAAUGUCCACGUCCUCAACACCGCUGAAGAUCACAAUUCAGGUCAAUCUGCCCGCGGCAAGCAUCCCAAGACCCCCACUCUGGCGGUGGCAGUGUCCCAGAGCACCCAAGCUGUGCUUGUAGACGUCAAGCAGAAGAGUUGGCAAGACACGUUCUUGUGCAAUGGUCUAUGCCUGCUCGAGCGAGGCAGCAUCUCCGGUUGGGUGGACAUGAUUUACGGUCAGUCUGUCGUGUGCACCGCAACGCUUCCUGUCAGCCGCAUGUGUCUAAUUUGCAGAUCUUCCACAUUCCUACCGCAGGGGCUGGCAAGGCUUUCUUGCAAGGCACAACAAUCUACAAUCGAGGCUGCGGAGGUGCCAUUGUAGCUUGGCGAAGCACUACCGGAGGCUCUGUUGUGCUCAAUGACGUCAACAUUGUCCGUGCCAAUGACGGAUUUGCCGACGUAAAGGAUGGCACGUGCUGGCUGGCGCGUCCCUGGGCGGUAGACAGCGUCGUCGUGGUUCAAAACAGCAACCUCGUGAGUCAAAUUCCGCUGCCUUUGCUGCGCUACCGAUGCUACUUCGAGUCCUGAGAGAGCUUGUGACUGCACAGGGCACCAUCGUGAAUCCUAAGCUAUGGCAAGCUAAUGGCGCAGGUCCCUUCAGCUUCGCCAAGGGCAAAACCAUCUUUGCCUACCGUGGGCUCCGUGGACCUGGGUACGUGGAGCAGCAAGUCGAUCAAAGCCUCACCCAUCAUAGACAUGACUUUUCACUCUACACAACGCCCGCCAUCUACUUCAACGGAGCGACAUGGGCCAAGGUGUGA